GUGGACAGCCUCUUGCUCAAGCUGAUACGCGUGGAAAACUGUUUUCCUAAUUCCGAAUCAAAUUUAAAGGUAAUCUUCUGAAUUACAACGUGUAAGAAGUCAGCUGUACCGGAAAUCCGGACGCCACCAUGUCAAAGGCCGAGGCCAAGGAAGCCACCAUUAGGCAGCUGUACACGGAGCUCAACAAGUACUGUGGCAGCGCCGAAUACGACAAGGCCCUGAAAGUGGCCAACAAGAUCAUUACGUUGGAUGGCUCGGAAUGGAAAGCAGCCAAGUGUAAGUUGGUCUGCCUGCUACAGAACGGGAAGUUCGAGGAGGUGCUCAAGUUUCUUGACCGCGGUACAUCCAUCCCGGACACCACCUUCGAGAAGGCGUACAGCGAGUAUCGGCUGAAUCGGGCCGAGGAUGCCUUCCGUACGAUUCAGGCGGUGGCGGGUUCACCUGGCGCAUCGGUGGAGCAGUGGGCCGCUCUGGCACCGAAUCUAAAGGAACUGCUGGCGCAGGUCCUGUACCGCCUCGAGCGCUACGAUGAGUGUUUCGAGCUGUAUCGCAGCAUUAUUAAAAACACUCACGACGACUACGACGAUGAGCGGAGGACGAACAUGAGCGCGGUGGCAGCGAAUCGGUGCAUCGUGGCGGGAGCUAACGGCGACCAGACGCAGCUACCCGAGAACUCGUACGAGCUUGCGUACAAUGCCGGCUGUGCAUUGGCUGGCCGCCAGCAGUACGGCGAGGCGGAGCGAAAGCUGCGCACGAGCGAGAAGAUGUGCCGGGAGGCGCUGGAGGAGGACGGUGCGACUGAGGAGGACAUUAUCGAUGAGAUCACGAUCAUUAAGGUGCAGCUGGCCUACUGCCUGCAGAUGCAGGGGCGCGUGAAGGAAGCGUCGGCACUGUAUGCGGACGCACUGCGCCAUAAGACGAAUGAUGCCGCGUUGACGGCGGUGGUAAGCAACAAUCUGGUGGUGAUCAACCGGGACCAGAACGUGUUCGACUCGCGGAAGAAGAUGAAGGUAGCCACCUCGGAGCAGGCGGAACAGAAGCUAACCUCGUGCCAGCGCAAGACGAUCGCCUUCAACAAUUGCCUGCUGGCGUACUUUGCCAGUCCGGCCGAGUGUGGUCUGCUGGCGACCAGGCUGGCGGUGGCUCAUCCGGAGCUGGAGUUUCAAUCGCUGCUGAUCCGUGUGGCCCAGCUGGCUCGGGACAAGAAGUAUCGGGAGGCGAUCGAGUUGCUGGAGGCGUACGCGCAAAAGUUGCCACGCGAGCGCACGGUUGAGUUGUUGCAGGUACGCUUCGCCAUCGUUCAGCUGCAGCUAGUGGCCGGUAACCGUAAGGCGGCCAUCGAGACGCUCGAGGCGCUCGGUGAUGCACGCUAUCGGCCGGGAGUCGUAUCGGCCCUGGUAACGCUGCACCUCGGGCUGGACAACAAGCAGGCCGCCUCGGAGAUUCUCAAGAGUGCGGUCGAUUGGUACAAGCGGCAGAAGGGCGGUAUCAGCGACGCGGAUCUGAGCGACAUGUGGCGCCAGGCUGCCAGCUUCCACCUGCGGGGUGGCGAGCCUGCGACGGCUGCCAAGAGCCUCGAGGAGUUGCUCCGGACGCACCCGAACGAUAUGAAGCUACUUGCCCAGCUCGUCAUCGCGUACGCCCAGUUCGACCCGGCCAAGGCGCAACAGGCCAGCAAGCGACUGCCGGCUCUGGAGACGCUCACGACCGUGUCGGAGAUCGAUGCACUCGAGGCAACCAACUGGAUGAUGAUCGCGAAGGCCGUAAAGCGCAAGCAACCACUGCCAGGUGGCGGUGCUUCAGGCGGUGGUGCACGUGGUACGGGUGCGGAUCAGUCACCGGGUGCCGGAACGCCUGCCGAGCAGCGCAGGCAGAAGCGCAAGAAGCGUAAGGGCAAGCUGCCGAAGAACUACGAUGCCAGCGCUCAGCCGGAUCCGGAACGGUGGCUUCCACGCUACGAACGUACCGGCUACCGGAAGAAGCGCGACCGUCGUGUGAAGGAGGUCAUCAAGGGCAGCCAGGGAACCGCCUCCGGGCAGGCUGACCAAUACGACAUGAGCAAGGUGUACAACCAGGCGAAACAGUCCCCGGCCACGCCGGGUGCUGGAGGCUCGGCGCAGCACGAGCAGACGGCUGCAGCUGCCGCUGCCACCCGCCAGUUGCCACGUAAGAAUCAGCACAAGAAAAAAAAGGGCAAACACUAAAACAUUUCCAAUAAAGUGUGCAUUGCAUAUAACGUCAAUCAAUUAAACCUUGUAAUGCGCUGGUUCAAAAACACAUCAAAUAUACACCGAAGAACAGCUUUGGCGAAGGAUAUUGUAGUUAUAAAUGUGUAAUGAUGUGGAGCCAAUCAUUUUGUCCGUACAUCUUCUGCAUUUUGUGUAAAUGAUACGCGUUUUUAUUCAAAUUAAAUAAUAAUAGAUAAAAA